GGGACGAUCUGCUUGCUGAAACAAGUAUGAUGAUGUCAUCCAUUGUGAGUGCGAUUUUGCAUGAUUUGAAGUGACUAUAUUCGUCCAAAAUCCAUCAUUCAUUAAAUGUUAUAUGGAUUUGCGAAAAUUUAUACAAGAGUGAAGUUACAUAUAUCUGUGAUGGAGAAUGACAACUGGAAUCCAAAUGCUCCAGUUGUUUGUCCGUAUAAUGCAAGACAUGUCAUAUCUGUCAAAAGGUUCCAGCACCAUUUAAUAAAAUGUAGAAAGAAUUAUUUGCACAAAGAUUUUGUCACAUGUCCAUAUAACGCACAGCACAUGUUCUUACGCGAAGAAUUAAAAUCACACCUUGCUCAAUGUCCAGAUAGGGUUGUUCUUGACGCAGAUGUUAUACAAGCGGAGGAUCCAGAAACGGGGGAGUCAAGACGUUUAAAAGGGAACACGUCUUUACCAAACACUCGUUUCAGAGUACCAGACUCUCUCGAGGAUUGGGACAACGAAAUCGAAGAAAACAUAGCCAAGAGGUUAGAUCGCCAGGAAGCGUAUUUAAGGCAACAUACAGACGUAAAUAAUAAAAACAGUGGAGAUUUUGAUACAGAGAGUAUAUCUUCUGAAAUUUCACGAUCGUCAAGUCUGUAUGUUGAACCAGUGAGAAGAUCAGAACAACGCAAAAAUGUUUCACUCGUGCUGUUGUGUAAAGACAACACGAAACAACGCGAAAUGAUUGGAAGAGGAGUUCUAAUGACACCGAAACCUAUCUCAGCUAAAACUUCUUGUGAUACUGAUGUUCCGUAUGGUUAUAUUAAUCCCUUCACUGGCGUCGGAAGAGGGUUGAUGAGGAAAGACAAUCAGAAUGUACCACACGGAAUUGGAAGAGGAGUUUUAAAACAGAAUGCAAUGAAGUUUAAAGCUAAUUGAAAUUUAUUUUCAACUUUGUAUAUGUUGUGUUAUUUAUAUUUUUUAACCAGAUAUAAACGUCAUUAUUAUCA